AUGAGUAACAUUCAAAAGAGCUCCUCCUCAUCUUUCCCACCAGAAAAAGAUGGGAAACGACGAGAGCAGCAAACGCAGAAGCAGAAAGUGAACCCUACUUCUGCCGCCCCUAUCAAAAUCUCCAGCGUAGAACGGAAGAAGGCGAAGAAAUCCGACGCUACUGCUGCCGCCCCCAUCAAAAUCUCCAGGGUAGAAAGAAAGAGGGCGAAGAAAUCCGAUGGUUCUAAUGUCUCCCCCCUCAAGAUCUCCAGAGUCCAAGGAAAGAAGGAGAAGAAGAAAGCUGAUGCUCCUGCUCGCGCCCCCAUCAAGAUCUCCAGCGUCCAAGGAAAGAAGGAGAAGAAGAAAACUGAUGCUCCUGCUCGCGCCCCCAUCAAGAUCUCCAGCGUCCAAGGAAAGAAGGAGAAGAAGAAAACUGAUGCUCCUACUGGCGCCCCUGUCAAGAUCUCCAACGUAGAACGAAAGGAGAAGAAAGCUGAUGCUCCUGCUGGCGCCCCUAUCAAGAUCUCCAACGUAGUACGAAAGGAGAAGAAAGCUGAUGCUCCUGGUGGCGCCCCUAUCAAGGUCUCCAAAGUAGAACGAAAGAAGGAGACGAAAGCUGAUGCUCAUGCUGAGGCCCGUAUCAAGGCCUCCAACGUAGAAGGAAGGAAGAAGAAGAAAGCUGAUGCUCCUGCUGGCGCCCCUGUCAAGAUCUCCAACGUUGAAGGAAAGAAGGCGGUGAAAGCUGAUGCUGCUGCUGUUGAAGGAAAGAAGGCGAAAAAAGCUGAUGCUCCUGCUGGCAUCCCUAUCAAGGUCUCCAACGUUGAAGAAAAGGAGAAGAAAGCUGAUGUGAGUGUGAAGAAAGCUAAAAGGGAAGAAGGUGCCGGCUCGGGAUCCAGCAAGAAAAGAAUGAGGGGACGAGAGAAGGAUGAUGAUGCCGUACUGAGCAGUCUUCUUCAGAAGCCAAGAAAGGGUGUGAAGAUAUCAGAUAAGGCAGCUGACAGCCCGAAAUGCAGAAACAAGUCUGAAUCCGUGGUUGAACACAAGAUCAAGCAUGCGGGUAAGAAUCGCGAGGUGGUGACUCCACCUCCCGGCUUUACACCACCAAGCUCUCCGACGACUUCUCUUCCACCUCCCGGUUUUACACCACCAAGCUCUCCGACGACUUCUCUUCCACCCCCCGGUUUUACACCGCCAACAUCUCCAACAACGUCUCUUCCACCUCCUGGUUUUACACCACCAAGAUCUCAAACGUGUUCGAUCGGGUCUGAGGAGAAACGGAGAUUUCAAGAGGCGAUUCCGGCUUUAUUACAACUGGCGAAAAAUACGGUGAUGAGGGGGAAUGAUGGUAAGCCAGUGAGUGGUACGAGCAUAAGGGAGGUGAUUGACCUCACUGAUACUGAGGAGCCAGAGGCGAACGCAAGUCCAAAGCAAUCAGCACCGAAGAAGAGGAAGGGGUUUGAGUUUGACCUAAACCUACCUCCUCCACCAGAGGGUAAAGAUGGUGACCCGUAA